CGGCGGCGGCUCGGUGGCCGCGGCCAGGACAAGAUGGCCCUCCCGGCGCUGCUCGCCGCCCCGACCGCGCGCGGAGGCCAACAUGGCGGCGGCGCCCCGCACCGGCCUCGCCGGGGCGCGGCGGCGCCCCUGGGCGCGGGCCCGGCGCGCCGGCGCCUGCUGCUGCUGAGCGACCCGGAAGAUGGCGGGCCCGAGCCGGGGCGCGGGGGGCCGCCCGGGCCGCGGCGUGAGGAGGGCGCGGGGCCCCGCGCGCCGGGCCCCGGGGAGGGCGGCGACGCCCUCGUGGUGCUGCUGGAGGUGGCGCGCGGGCCGGGGGCGCCCGGGCCGGGCCCCGCGGGCCUCCCCGAGCCGGGCUCGAGCGGCCCGGCCGCCGCCCCCGGCGCGGCCCCGGCGGGCGCCGUCGCCCCGGCCCCGCGCGAGCGGGAGCUGCUGGUGCGCCUGGACCGCGGCGUGCUCACGCUGUCCGCCGCGCCGCCGCCGCCGCCCGCCCGCGCCCCGCCGCGCCCCGCCGCCGCCGCCGCCCGCCGCGGGCCCGGCGCGCCCGGCUACCGCUGCCCCGAGCCGCAGUGCGCGCUGGCCUUCGCCCGGAAGCACCAGCUGCAGGUGCACCUGCUGACGCACGGCGGGCUCCGCGGCCGGCGGCCCUUCGCGUGCCCGCUGGGCGGCUGCGGCUGGGCCUUCGCCACCUCCUACAAGCUCAAGCGCCACCUGCGCUCGCACGACAAGCUGCGGCCCUUCGGCUGCCCGGCGGGCGGCUGCGGCAAGAAGUUCACCACCGUCUACAACCUGCGGGCGCACAUGAAGGGCCACGAGCAGGAGAGCCUGUUCAAGUGCGAGGUGUGCGCCGAGCGCUUCCCCACGCACGCCAAGCUCAGCUCGCACCUGCGCAGCCACUUCGAGCCCGAGCGACCCUACAAGUGUGACUUCCCGGGCUGUGAGAAGACGUUUAUCACAGUGAGUGCCCUGUUUUCCCAUAAUCGAGCCCACUUCAGGGAACAAGAACUCUUUUCCUGCUCCUUCCCUGGAUGCAGCAAACAGUAUGACAAAGCCUGUAGACUGAAAAUUCACCUACGAAGCCACACAGGUGAAAGACCAUUUAUCUGUGACUCGGACAGCUGUGGCUGGACCUUCACCAGCAUGUCCAAACUUCUAAGGCACAAGAGGAAACAUGAGGAUGACCGCAGGUUUACCUGCCCCGUGGAGGGCUGCGGCAAGUCCUUCACCAGAGCAGAGCACCUGAAGGGCCACAGCAUCACCCACCUGGGCACGAAGCCAUUUGCGUGUCCUGUGAACGGGUGCUGUGCUCGCUUCUCAGCUCGCAGCAGUCUGUACAUCCACUCAAAGAAGCACCUGCAGGAUGUGGGGGCUCCCAAAAGCCGCUGCCCGGUGCCCAGCUGCGGCAGACUCUUCACCUCCAAGCACAGCAUGAAGGCUCACGUGGCGCGCCAGCACAGCCAGCGCCCAGAUCUCGCACCUCAAUUGGAAGUUCCAAGUUCCCUCACACCCAGCGGUGAGCUGGGCAGCCCCAGCCAAAGCGAGCUCAGCAACAUAGACCUAGCAGCCCUUUUCUCUGACACGCCUGCCCAAGGGGGCAGCUCAGCAGGUGCGUCGGGUGAGGCGCUGAACUCCGGGGUCCUGACCAUCGACGUCACGUCUGUGAGCUCCUCACUGGGAGCAAGCCUCCCUACCAGUAAUAAUUCCUUGGGGCCCAUGGACCCUCUGGUUCUGGUAGCCCACAGUGAUAUUCCCCCAAGUCUGGACAGCCCUCUGGUUCUCGGGACAACGGCCACAGUCCUCCAGCCAGGCCGCUUCAGUGCAGAUGAGGUACAGGCCAUGAGCUGCUUGGUGGCUCUGCCGGUGAAGAACCUGGCUCAAGACACAUCCGCCUUGACCUCCACCAGUAACUUUGUGUCUGUCACCACACCCCCCUCCUCAAGCACCUCCCAAGAAGCUGCCAGCGUUCCCGAGCUGCUGUCUCCAAUCAAGAUGGAGCAUGGCUCGCUUCCUGUCCCCCCGGUGGUCAAGCCAUGUGCAGAAAGCCAAGGACUGCCCUUGUCUGUGUUCUCCAGCGCAGCGGAGAGGCACAGUGCCCAGAAGGACACGGCGCCCGGUGCAGGCACGGGCUCUGCCUUUGUGGAAAGUGUGGGCUCAGCAAGAACUGAUCACCGAGCCAUUCAGCUAGUCAAGAACAAAAAGCAGAAAGGAGCGGGGAGCGCUGCCGGUGAGGCUGAGUGUCGCAGUGCUGGUGGACGGGCCCGGGAGGUGCUCAGAACACGCACUUGCCUGUUCUCGGGGCUUUUCGUUCAGAACGACCUUCUAUCCGCUCCAGCUCUGUGAUUCAAGACAAGCCAUAGCCAGAUUCCCAGCAUGUAUGGUCAUGCUUUGUUUACCACCGGCUCUGCGGCAGGGCCCCGACCCCAGGUGCGAGUGAGCUGCAAGUGUUGGGAGAUACGUGAGCAGUCCAUGUUUGAGGAGAGCAGCCCGGUGGGAUGGGCUGUGUGCAGAAGGCGGCCCGUGUUCUUCGAGCAUGGCCGUGUCCAGGUCAGGGGUAGGGAGCCAGUGUCACAGCUCACUUUAAAGCAAAACGUGUGGACCAAGUAGAACCUGGUGAUCUGUAGUCUUACAUGUACCCGCCCCUUCUGAAAAUAGGACACAGGGCGCGUUCUUCAAGGAGACUGACCAACCAUCUUGAAAUAGUAACCGUUAUUUCAGUAUAUUAUUUUUAUAUAUUCCACUCAUCUCUUGUAUGUAAAGCUUAAAUGAUACAUUGGGUUGGGGUAUAAUUUUAUGUCUUGUUUCCUAUUUUAAGUGACUCUAGGCCAAGCUCUUAGGCCUAUAAUUCCAGCACUCAGGAGUUAGAGACAUGAGGCUUGUGAGUCUGAGGCCAAAUUAGGCAACAUAGUGAGACUCUCUUCUCAGGAAAAAGAAAAAAUGUUAAAGAAGACUACAGUAACUAUUUUUGUUUAUGAGAUUUCUCAAAGCAAAUAUCUUCUUAUAGUAAUUGUUGUCUGGGGGUGCUGUGAUCCUGUGGUAGCUGUUGUCUGGGGGUGCCGUGAUCCCGUGGUAGUUGUUGUCUGGGGGUGCCGUGAUCCCGUGGUAGCUGUUGUCUGGGGGUGCCGUGAUGCCGUGGUAGCUGUUGUCUGGGGGUGCCGUGAUGCCGUGGUAGCUGUUGUCUGGGGGUGCCGUGAUGCCGUGGUAGCUGUUGUCUGGGGGUGCCGUGAUCGUGUGGUAGCUGUUGUCUGGGGGUGCCGUGAUGCCGUGGUAGCUGUUGUCUGGGGGUGCCGUGAUCGUGUGGUAGCUGUUGUCUGGGGGUGCCGUGAUCGUGUGGUAGCUGUUGUCUGGGGUGCCGUGAUGCCGUGGUAGCUGUUGUCUGGGGGUGCCGUGAUCGUGUGGUACCUGUUGUCUGGGGGUGCCGUGAUCGUGUGGUAGCUGUUGUCUGGGGGUGCCGUGAUCGUGUGGUAGCUGUUGUCUGGGGGUGCCGUGAUGCCGUGGUAGCUGUUGUCUGGGGGUGCCGUGAUGCCGUGGUAGCUGUUGUCUGGGGGUGCCGUGAUCGUGUGGUAGCUGUUGUCUGGGGUGCCGUGAUCGUGUGGUAGCUGUUGUCUGGGGGUGCCGUGAUCGUGUGGUACCUGUUGUCUGGGGGUGCCGCGAUUGUGUGGUAGCUGUUGUCUGGGGGUGCCGCGAUCGUGUGGUAGCUGUUGUCUGGGGGUGCCGUGAUGCCGUGGUAGCUGUUGUCUGAGGGUGCCGUGAUCGUGUGGUAGCUGUUGUCUGGGGGUGCCGUGAUCCCGUGGUAGCUGUUGUCUGGGGUGCCGUGAUCCCGUGGUAGCUGUUGUCUGGGGGUGCUGUGAUCCUGAAGGAACUGUUGAAUAUGUGCUGUGAUUUAGGAAGAGAGGUCUCCACAGUUUAUAAAGUACCAGCAUAGAACUUACAGGUUUCAGCAGAAGAAAAUGUGGCAGUCGUAAUAGGCCAAAUUCACAUAGGAACUAAAUGCCUUUGUUGAACCUGAUAGAAAAUUGUGAACUUGAGUCAGCUGCUCAGCAUGUGUUCUGCUCACUGCAUUAUGUUGGCGUAGUAUCAACACAGAUGGUUUGAUUUUUUAAAUUACUAUUUUCAUGCAUGUUUAGCAUUAUCUUUAAAAAAUAAGGACACCUAAAAACCAUAGCCCUGUACUGUUGCCACUUCUUUUAAAAUUGACACUAUUCCCCUCAUAUUAAAAUCUAGCAAGUGU